AUGGGGAUCAAUAAUCUUCUGAAAUUCAUGAAGCCUUAUGUUGAAUCCGUUCACAUCAAGAAAUAUGCUGGAAAACGAGUCGGUAUUGAUGCAUAUUCAUGGCUUCACAAAGGAGCUUAUUCAUGUGGCAUGGAGCUGUGCCUCAAUAUGGAAGGUUACAAGAAAUUCCAGUACCUAAAUUAUUUUAUGCAUCGAAUUAAUCUGCUUCGGCACUAUAAGAUCACUCCAGUAGUUGUUUUUGAUGGUGGUAAUAUUCCCUGCAAGGCUGCAACUGAAGACGAGAGGCACAGGAGAAGAAAGGCUAAUCGAGAUAUGGCAAUGGAAAAGCUGAAGGCAGGGGAUGCUAAUGCAGCCUCUGAGUUUUUUCAGAGGGCGGUGAGUAUUACUCCACUGAUGGCACAUCAACUGGUACAGAUUCUGAGGUCAGAGAAUAUCGAAUUUGUUGUAGCUCCAUAUGAAGCUGAUGCCCAAUUAGCAUACCUGUCCACCUUUAAGGCUGAAGAGGGUGGAAUUGCUGCUGUAAUUUCAGAGGAUAGUGAUUUACUAGCGUACAGUUGCCCAGCUAUAAUCUUUAAGAUGGACCGGUAUGGAAACGGUGAAGAGAUAAUCCUGGAUAAGGUUCUUAAUGCUGUUGGUCGUGUACCUUCUUUUCAGAAAUUCGAUAAAACCUUAUUCACAGGUAUGUGCAUUUUAGCUGGAUGUGAUUUCCUUCCAUCAGUUCCUGGGAUUGGAAUUGCAAAAGCCUAUAAUUUGGUUUCCAAGUAUCAUAAUUUGGAUCGUGUUCUAUCUAUCUUGAAGUUUGAAAAGGGACAACAAAUGCCUGACGAUUACCUGAAGGCCUUCAAAGAAGCAGUUGCAGUCUUCCAGCAUGCUAGAAUAUAUGAUGCAAACUUAAAGAGACUCAAACCCCUCAAACCUCUUACACCAGAGCUUUUGCAGCGUCAAGAUGAGGAGCUUGAUUUCCUCGGUCCAGAUUUACCCCCUUCACUAGCAACUGCAGUUGCUGAAGGAAAUAUGGACCCUAGUACAAUGGAGGCUUUUGAUCACAUCCCACAACUUAGAAAUCAUCACCACCCCACCAUUUUAAGGUCUACUAAUCGACUCUUGAGACAAGAUGCAACGGCUUUAUCUCCACAAGAAAGCUCCUUUACUGUAAUUUCCUGGGUUCCAUCGACGAGGAGGGGUCUGACCAAUACAUUGGAGGAAAGGAAGCUGAAGCCUACGACUGAGGAAGUGCUGCACUCAAAUGAAACUUUAGCUCUAGAAAAGUUGGCUUUCCCUUUAAGCAAUGAAGCUUCCAAAGAAAACAAAAAGGUUUCAAAUGGAAUCGUUCUUGAUAUUCCUAACAACAAUCCAUUCAAGAAACGAAAACUAGGUGAAGUUCUAGUGGAUCAGGCAGAUGAAGUUGUUGAACAAGCUUUUGAAGUGACUGAGAUUGAAAACUCGGAAAUCAUGUAUGUCACUACCGAAUCACAGGAAAGUGUAGAUUCUAAACCUUUCAAUAUUACUCAAAGGCACAGUAGUAACAAAAGUGAGAAAAAAUUGAAAAAAGGCCCUAGCCAGAGUUCAGAACCUAAGAAAAACAGUAUAUUAAAUUUCUUUUCUAGAGUGUAA